AGCUGCAGUACUGUAUACUUAAGUCUCGAUCGCCCGUAAACCCCUUUCUUUGCCUCUUCUUUGUAGCCGUCUACAACACUCUACCUUCACAGACACCACAACCUGCGACGUGAAUCAUGGAAGAACCGACCAGGAAACGUUUUCGGAUCAACGAUGACAGUGCCCAUCCCGUGCCCACGACCGCCUUUGACAAAGUCCAAGCUGCAGCGCGCGACAGCGAGUAUUGGUUCGAUGACGGGAACCUCAUCCUUCUGUCUCAAGGGUUCGCAUUUUGCAUAUACAAGGGCCUACUUGCGGAACACUCGUCUGUGUUCCGCAGCAUGUUUCAAGUCGCAACGCCAGCGACAGAAGAACUGGUCGAUGGUUGUCCUGUGGUUACACUCUACGACUCGCCGAACGACUUACGCGAGCUAUUCCGGCUCAUAUAUCCACUGAAAUCUACUCUCAGGCUGGUUGGGCGGAACGUCGACAUCACCUUCAUCUCAGCUAUCAUCCGUCUCGACCACAAGUAUGAGCUAAGGGGCAUGUACGAGCAGGCGAUGAGCUACCUCACCACCUACUACACCACUAACUUCGAUGCCUGGGCCGACGGCCGCAACGCCACUGACUGGCAACCAAAGCCCAUCGACGCGAUCGGCGCCGUCAACCUGGCGCGCCUCACUAAUACCACCGCCAUCCUCCCUUCCGCCUUCUACAUCUGCGCGACGCUCGGCCCGGACCUCGCGCGCGGAAUGAAACGGGAAGACGGCUCUGUCGAGCGACUGUCUCCGGAGGACAUGGUGUUGUGCCUCCAGAUGAAGGAGCGGCUCGCCACUGAGAACGCACAUACCGCGUUCCUCCUCUUCCGCCCGGCGGGGGCGCAGAACUGCUCGAACCCGUCCGGGCACUCGUACUGUGCGGAAUUGUGGCGGAAGCUCCUCGAGUACUCCGGCUUGUCGAAGGCGCCGCACCCCGUCGCGUCGUCGCGUGCGCUGGACAGCUGGGUCGAGAAUGCGGACAGCAUCCCGGCGAGUGCGGUGCAGCCUACCCCAAUGGGUCCGUACAUGCUGUCGUUCUCGUCGCCCUCCCGCGCGCUAUGUAAAGGCUGCCGGAAUCACUUGCAGACGCGCGAUCGGGAGUUUCGCCGGCAAAUAUGGCGCAAGCUGCCCGAGUUUGUUGGGUUGACGAUAGAGAAUUGGGACACGCCUGCGGCGUAAGACUCUCCGCCGGGACUUGACCACUGGAAGUAUCUUCGUUCCACUACAUAAGUCCAAACGUGUAUAGCUCGGAUAGCGCCCGAAGAACCCAUCGGUGUUGCGACGUUCCUCAACCUCAUACACAUACAUACAUUACUCGACCAUCUCCGCAG